CUAGUUGACUCCAGCCCAGCUUCUCGUUCAAAAGGGUGAAUGUGUUCGUGUUUGUGAUUUUUACAUCUAAUCAUGGAUGAAUUGAUGGAAACCACGGUUUACAUAAGCUCUCCCAUGGACUUUAAAACCCGAAUUAGGAAUUGGUGGAAAAGAUUACGAUUGAAAGCUGCGCUUCAACACAUCGGCCUUUUGAUAGCUCUCAUGGGGUACACAGUCGCGGGGGGAUUGAUUUUCCGACGUUUCGAAUAUCCUGCUGAAAUUUCACGACUUAAUCACUUCAAUAACACGCUGUUACUAAAAAGAGAAAAUUUUAUACAACAAAUUGUAAAUAACACCGAUUUGAAAAAUUUAGAUUAUUUCAUAUCGAGCGAAUUAGAGAAUUAUGAAAAAAUUCUACAAGGUGCGUGUAGGGAAGGAAUACCAUUGUUUCCCAAAGAACAAGUUGCGAAAUGGACCACACUGAAAGCGGUGUUUUUUUCAUCGACGGUUUUAACGACUAUUGGAUACGGGGACAUCGUUCCACGAACAACUGAAGGCCGCGCCUUCUGCAUAGUAUUCGCUCUUGUGGGAAUUCCACUGACAUUGACCGUGAUUGCAGAUUGGGGGCGGCUUUUCGCAUCGACUGUAUCAACCCUAGUUAAACACACACCACCAAUGCCUAAAAGAUUCAGGAAUGCAACGGUCGCUCGCAGAACGUCUUCUUACGCCUUUUCCGCUGUUUGUUUUCUCUUCGUUUACCUCGCCGCAGGAGCAGGAAUUUUCGUCAGUUGGGAGGACGACUGGACGUUUUUUGACGGAUUUUAUUUCUGUUUUAUUACAAUGACAACGAUCGGAUUCGGGGAUUUAGUCCCGAAACAGCCGACUUAUAUGCUUCUUUGCACGUUGUACAUUUUGGUGGGUCUUGCCUUAACGUCUACUAUAAUAGAGUUAGUGCGACGACAAUAUGCUCAAUCUUGGAGACAGCUCCAGGCUCUUCGUGGACCCCUCGCUGAAAAUUUCAGGAAGCUGGCCGACAAUGCGCCGGGAUUAGACGUGAUGGCCUUCCAGCAGGAUCUCAUGAAAGUUUUAACCGUGGUGACGAUGUCGCGUAAAAAUGCAUUUUCGAGAAAGGAAAAGAAACUCAAACAGAAGGAAUGGGAAGAUGCCAUCGAAGCAGUGAUAAGAGAUAUCACUGUGGGUACAGCAGCCGUUGAACAGAAGCCACCGAUGGUCCAAAUUGUUAUUUAUGAGAGUUCCGUUUGAAGAGGUCGACAUCUUAUCACAGUUGCAUAACGUCGGAAUUCUGACUCAUAUCAAUGUUGAGGUCGAUUGGACUUAAAACCAAUUGAAUUUUGUUGUCUAGUGACGAUGACGUGAGAACCACGGUUUCAACAAUACAUCUUUAUUAUUUCUACAAGGCUAUUGUUAACUUAUUAUGAUAAACAGAAAUUGUAAAAAACUAGACAUAAUAUA